GUGCCACUACCCAUGGGCGCCUGGGCGCGGUCAGAGAGGCACCCCGACUGGAUGAAGUUCUGCAGAGCGAUGAAGGACGACACCUCGGUGGAUGCUUCACUCGAGGCGACCGCGGCGUCAGCAGAGGAUGCGCGCAACGAGAACUUCGGCGAGGAGACCGUUGACGUUGUCUCGCGAUGCGGUUUCAAGAUGGAGACGCACUUCAGGAUGCACAAGGACGCCGAUAUUCGUGACGUCGCUCGGGCGCCAGCCGACGUCGACCUGAAGGAUUUGUCCCUGGCCGCCAGCGCCAUGGAGAUGCCCGGCGGCGCCAGCUGCAGCGGGAUCACCACGGCGAGCCCCGACAAGCCCCACGUGGACAUUAGCAGGGUGGAAGAGUACCUCAUUGAAGGUAGGGUUCGGGCGCAGAGUGCUGAGCGCCAUGUUUACCGGGAGCAGGCGAAGAAGGUCGUCAAGGCUGAGGCCGCCAACGUGAAGUCUGCGAUGCCCACGGUGAUCCGCGGCAGGAACCUGGCCCCGCCGAUCGACUCCAUCAGGUUCGAAGCUGCGCUGAAGACGAACGCUGGCGCUGCCACGAGGGAUCAGCAGCUGGAGACGCAAGUCAACCUCGGGGCUAUCUUGGACGGUUCCACGCUCGGCGAUAGGGAGUGCGCUCUUCGUCGAUUCAAGCCGGCGCUUAUCGACGCGCAGAAUCGGAAGCAGGAGUUGUUGCAUCUUAUCGAGAAGGCUACCGAGCUCAGUGUCACGAGCCUCCACAUCAUCAAGGACCCGCAGGUGAGCUCGAGGCACCUCCGCGCGUUGAUCAAGGGCGGCGUCGGUGUCACGGACUGCCCGAAGUGGUGCUUGGCUUGGCUGAGGGCUGGCCUCCAGCGUGACACUGACGCGGAGGCGCCCGUUGAGGACAUCCCGAGCCAGGCGAGGGACGACUUGCUCAACUACCUCAUCUUGCCGAUGGUCAAGGAGGGCGAGAGUGCGUUGACGCAGAUCAAGGAGCUGCGAAAGAUCUUGGCAGCAUUGCUGUGUGCUGUCAUACUGGGCACACUCGGGGACCACUCCUUGGAUUCAGUGGCCUGCAUCGGAGUUGACUUGACGAACUUUCGGAAGAUGCUCCAUGGCGAGGUUGACAGAGAGCGGGCGUCCUUCAGCCGCGAAAUGGACGAUGCCGAGUUUUGGCGAGCGAACAAGAACCAGUGGAGGCGCGCAGCACAGGUGGACAUGAAGGGAGCACCUCUCAUGAAGGCGCGGUUGGCCGAGAUCGGGCAACAUCAUAUUUCCUCGACGAUCAGGGCCACCAGCGAUGACCUCCAUCGCUGGUUCGUGGCAUGCAGGAGUGGUACCGCAAUCUCCAUCGUGAUGGCCGUCGUCGAGGCAGCGACGGGCACCGCAGACAAGUACACGACCGCCACUGGUACUGAGCGCGGAUCGUUGGUUGGAGAGCUCCUGGAGACUCAAGCGGGGCUCACUCGCUUCGACCAGCUGUUCGCCAACAAGUCUUCCCCGAAGAGGGUGCGCGAGCUCUUCGAGGAUGGCCUGGCGACGCUGCUUGAUGCCAUCCGAGAGAUGGCAGAGAAGGCACCCCAGACAGCGGCAUGCAACUCCAUCCUGAAGGUGCCGAAGGACUUUGUUGGCAAUACAGACAAGGGCAACGCUGCAAGUGAGAUCAGAGUGGCGCUUCUCUCGAACAGCAAGGUGAAGUUCUCUACCGCGGAGCACUACGACGACAUCUUCAAAGCGUUUGGCGCGGCCGCCAACCACGACUUCCUCAAGUACAGGCCCGGCUCGGAUGAUGACUUGAAGACCGCCCGCAUGAUCAAUUUUGGCGGAGACGUGGAGUUCCUGCGAGAGCUCUGCAAGCUAGCGGCGCUCGAUGCGCAUGGGGUAUUGUCGCGCAUGGGCGGCGCGGCUCAGCAGGUCACGAAUGACGACGGCCCUAACUACUACAAUCACCUGGUCAAGGCCAUUUCCACCACCAACGCCCGCGCGGCCGCGAGCGCCAAGCUGGGCGCGAACAAGCGCGGCGUCACCCCGCAGAUGGCACUCGACCAAUACAGGGAUGCGGACGUGGAGCAGGCCCACACUGAGUUGCAGAACCACUGCGCCAAUUUGGCCAAGCUCGCCUUCUUCAACGAAGAGGAGGUUUGUUGGAAGCGCGGCCUCUCGGGCGACUCGCCUCUCGAAGACGCGCGCGGGCAGGCGAGGGCAAGUAUCUUCUCCGCGAAGGGCCUGGCCGCGAAGACGCGGAAGGCCAUCGGAGACAUCGAGAGAGCCAAGAAGAAUCUGACGGACACAGCCGUGUCGCACAAGAAGGAUUUGUUGCCGACCCAGCAUGCCACGAUCGACAAUGCCAUGAAAACACAGCCUUUGGCGCACAAGGCGCGGCUCGAGGCAGGUGCGCUCCAGAUCCUCUUCGACGAGAAGCAGACGAUGGCGGGCAAAACGACGGCGGUGACGUCGCUGCUGGACUUGCUCCCCCAGGCGAGGGUUUCCAUCCGAGACUUCCACGUGGCGGCGCAGAAGAGCUUCAACGAGUUGCCCCAG